AUGACUCUGCGUGUUGCUGUCGAAGGCUGCGGCCAUGGCAGCCUCAAUGACAUUUACGAGGCUGUUAAGCAAAAGGCCAGCGCGAAGGGAUGGGAAAGUGUCGACCUCCUUAUCAUUGGUGGCGACUUCCAGGCUCUGCGCAAUGCUAAUGAUGCGACUUGCAUCUCCGUGCCUGACAAAUUCAAGCAGAUUGGAGAUUUUCACGAGUACUACAGCGGUGCUCGUGUUGCUCCAUAUCUGACGAUUUUCAUCGGAGGUAACCAUGAGGCGAGCAACCAUCUCUUUGAGCUUCAUUACGGCGGUUGGGCGGCCCCCAACAUUUAUUAUCUGGGCGCAGCCAAUACUAUCAACCUGGGAUCUCUCCGCAUCUCUGGAAUGUCCGGCAUCUGGAAGGGGUAUGACUACCGCAAGCCCCACUAUGAGCGUCUUCCGUACAACAGGGAUGACCUCUCCUCAAUUUACCAUGUCCGAGAGGUGGAUGCACGCAAACUACUUCAGGUUCGAACCCAAGUCGACGUCGGCCUAUCCCACGAUUGGCCCAAGGGCGUCGAGAAGCUUGGAGACUACAAGACCCUGUUCCGGAAAAAGCAAGGCUUCCAGGCCGAUUCCGACUCUGGAAAACUCGGAAAUAUUGCUGCGCGUGAGGUUCUUAACCAUCUGCGGCCUGCUCAUUGGUUUUCUGCUCAUCUACAUGUUCGAUUUGCUGCAGAAGUGCACCACAGUGUGCCUCCGACUAAACCCGACACGGCCAACCCCUGUGGAGCUCAUGUCGCCGAUACUGUGACUGCUGCUCCUGUCCCUGCAGCUCCUGCCCCUGCCCCAACUGUACCACGCAGUGAUCUCAACAGUAGCGCUCUUGCUGGUCAAAAUCUACUGGGUGUUGCUACCGGUGAUGAAAAGUCUCGCCUUGCUGCCUGGCAGAACUUCGGGAAUGUCGCCCGAAAGCUCGAGUUGGCAGAUGGGGCUACUUUCAUGCGCCAAUUUAGGGCGAGGAAAGCAUCAGAUCCUCCGCGGGAUGUCAAGUUCAACGAAUGCGUCAAGAUUGCUGGAGGUCCCAUUCAGAAGUUCGUGCGUGGUGGCGACGGUGAAAAGAUCGAAGGUGCCUCAUUCGAUGAUGGAAAGACCGAGAACCUUACCAAGGCCAGCCAGAGAAACAGUGUUAUGGGCGAAUGCUGCGUGGAUGGUCCGUCCGAAAAGGAUCGUGGCUCGAUCGACAGGGUAAUUGGCGAUGAUCUCAAGCCCGUCCCCCGGGAUGUCUCCCACACUGAAACUGUCCAUAAUACCGAUAAGGUUGAUCUUGCGAGCAGCUCUCCAAGUGGUUCCAGCGUUCAUGCGGCUUCUGAGCGACGUUCUCCGCCAACCUUCAAGACGACCAAGAAUAUGAACGACGAUGUCAACAACGCCGACAAGAUCAGUCUUGCCACCAGCCCUAGCAGCUCUGCAAGCAUGGGCAGUCCGCCUGCGCAGAAAGCGCUCCCGAAAAGAGAUAUUUCUAUUGAUUGGGGUAAAGGCAACACCCCGGAUUCAUGGUGGACCACCGGUGAUGAUGAUCUGGUCGGUGUCCUGGACAACGACCUUCCAACCACCCUUGACCAGCCACCUGCACCUGUUGUUGUCGCCAAAUAUCUUCCGGCUCCACAAGAGAUUAAGAAUCCUAUGACUCGGUUCCUAACCUUGGAUAAGCCCCACAACCACGAUCCUUUCGUCGAAUUGCUGGAGAUUACGCCAAUUUCCGAGCAAAAGGAAUCUCAGUUCCAGCGUCCCUUCCGACUCCAGUAUGACAAGGAGUGGCUGGCGAUUACUCGUGUCUUUGCUGAUGAACUCCAACUGGGUGGCAAUCCUAACGAUCCUGUCCCUGCCCACAAGGGAUAUGAAUAUUACCAGCAACGCAUCGCUGAGGAAGAGAAAUGGGUCGAGGAACACGUUGUUGAGGCUGGUCUGAUGGAUAUCCCCGAGAACUUUGUUCUGACUGCGCCUGUCUAUGACCCUGCAGUUUCGAUCAACACCCACGAGCAGCCUCGCGAAUACGCCAACCCCCAGACAGCUGCCUUCUGCGAUCUCAUCAAGAUCGAGAACAAGUUUGCUCUGAGUGAGGAGGAACGACAGGCUCGGGUGGAAGCCGGCCCUCGCCGUGAACAGCACCGACAGAACUUCCAGCGCAACCGCGGUGGCGGCCGUGGUGGACGUGGAGGUCGCGGUGGACGUGGAGGCGGUCGCGGAGGUCGACGUGGCCGCGGCGGAGCUCAGCAUACGGGAGAUCGUUGGUGA